CUUAUUCUUCCCAGGCCCGUCCGUCCACCUUGCGGCCGCCCUCGGUACCUAUAUCGGCCUAUAUCUAUCUUCUCUCAGCCUACGCAGACGCUUCGAGUCCCGUGUCCCUGUCACCAUGUCGAAUCUCUUCUCUGGAAUCAAUGCCCGCUUCCGGGGAGGCGGCGCGUCACAGAAGCCAUCCCCUCAAACCAAGAGCCCAACCUCGUCCACAGCGGGAGCCGGUACCCCCCACUCGUCGAGCGACUUGUCCCAGGCGAGCCAGUCCUCCUCGAGCCAGGCCCCCAAGGUCCCUCCCCUUCCCAAUUCGCCCUCCCUCGCUCAGACCAUCGGCAUGGAUGAAGCCAACCGGUCAAUGGCCAGUGGUGAAGAUAUCCUCAACUCCUAUCAACUACCUCGGCCGUUACCCCUGUGGCUCAACUCUGCCUAUGCCAAGCACAUUGUCAAGGGGAACUUCAUGACCCUUAGCGCCCGCCCAAAGACGGUUGAGCAGGGCGAAUGGAUCGCUCAUCAGGUGGUCGAACACUAUCGCAAUCUUUGGAACUUUGUCCGGGUGAUACAUGAAAAGGAAGAUGAUGGCACGUCCAUCUGCAGCAGCGCCACCUGUCCCAAGAUGUCUGCCGGACACAACCAUUCUUUCACCUGGCUCAACAGCCGCCGCGAGCCCGUCGAACUCCCCGCCUCCGAAUACAUCACCCUAAUGCAGCGCUGGAUCUCCGGCAAGAUCGACGACACCAACAUCUUCCCCACCGACCCCUCGGGCGUCUCCUACGCCCACAACCCCUCCAUCACCACCACCCCUCUCUCCCAGCUCUCCAGCCCCACCGGCGAGCCCGAGUGGGUCGGCAAGCGCUCCGGCUUCCCCAAGAACUUCGUCGACGUCUGCCAGACCAUCUUCCGCCAGAUGUUCCGCGUCUACGCCCACCUGUACUGGGCCCACUUCACCGACCCCUUCUACCACCUCAACCUCGAGAAGCAGCUCAACAGCUGCUUCUCCCACUUCGUCCUCACCGCCACCGCCCUCGACCUGCUCAAGCCCACCGAGCUGGAGCCCAUGCAGCCGCUCCUCGACCUCUGGGCCGCCAACGGCACCUUCCCCCCCGAGAGCAAGGCUUACGAGUACGCCAACAUUAAGGUUGGGGAGCAUCUGCUCAAGGUUGCUGGCGCUUCCUGAGUCAUCUGGUGGGGGGGCUGGUGUCGCUGACUUGCCGUUGGAUUUCUUUCCGAUCUCUGUCUUUCACCUGGGAGUCGUGGUGUGAGAUGGCCCAGAAGAGAUGAGGGAUACGAGGUGAAGAGCUUAUGGGCCCCGUUUUCACGUAGGAACGGGCUUGACCCAUGACCAUUGUGCUUGAUGGCUGCAAUGUGGAAGGUGUAUCGAGUUAUGUUUCCAUGUCCUGUCGUACUCGGUUGUCUUACUCGGUUGUCUUACUCUGAUCAUCACCUCUGCAUUAUACGGCUGCAAAACAGUCUAUCGGGCUAUGUACUCCAACGAAUAGGUUUUUUUUUUUUUUUUUCUUUUUUUUAAAAAAAAAAAAAAAAA